AUGAAUGAAGAAAGGUUUGUGAGCGUGAAUCAAACAGGCCUGACCGAGUUUCUCCUCAUUACAGAGUCUCCCCGCAUUGUGCUCUUUCAGCGUGUGAAGAGCCCAGAGGACAGAAGCAUUGAGAGACGGCCGUUUUCAAGAGGUCACGGUGUGAAGAGGAGAGCGACCUCUCACAGCUGCUCUCACUGCGCCCACUCUUUACAGACUAGGAGAAACUCUCUAGAUCGGAGGACGAGGCACCGCAGACACAUGGCUGGGUUUCCUCCGAGGCAUCCUGGAUUUGGGAAUUCUGGGAAGUGUUUUCUGAUUGAGAGCCUGCUGCGUGCACCUGCGCCAGGUGUCUGUCUCAAGAGAUGCUCCCCGGCUCUGCUUCACGUUUCUCAGGAACGGGUUCAGACACCGUCAGUUAUUAUGACCAGUGUUUCUCUGCCCUGCUGCUCUGGACCUGGAGCUGUGAUGUUGUCUGCUCCUCGGUUCCCUAGGGGCAUGGGGUCUGUGCUGUGGAGUCCAGCGCUGAGCUCCAGGCCACGGCCGGGAAUCCUGCGGAGGGCCGUGUUCUCUGAGGAACAGAGACGAGAGCUGGAGAGAACCUUCUGCAAGCAGAAAUACAUCAGCAAGACCGACCGCAACAGACUGGCCACCGACCUCUGUCUGAAAGAGACUCAGGUGAAGAUCUGGUUCCAGAACCGCAGGAUGAAGUGGAGGAACUCCAGAGAGAAGGAGAGCACGUACACGCGACUGCCGAUGGAGAGACUCAUGCUCUGGAGUGAAUCUGAACCGGCGGACAAAACACACACGUCAGCGCAGACCAAACACACUCACACACACUCACCGGCGCACAGCACAAACACUGAGACCAGAUGA